CUUCCAUUUUUUAAAGACAGGGCCAGGCUACAUAGCAAGAACCCUCAGACUCCCGAGUGAUGGGAUUACUUCUUUCAUACAUAUAGUUUAUAAUCGCUUCUACGGGCUGAACCACAUUCCCUCAAAUUACCUAUGAGGAAGCUGGCCCUCAGAGCAGACUAUUUUUCCUGAGGUCACACAGCCAACCAGGUAAGAAUCGAACCCAUGAUUCCGAAUGACUCUAGUUCUUUGUACAUAGUUGUCUUAAGUGCAUUUGGAGAAGCGAACCACUUAGAGUUCACAAGAGGCUACAAAUUCGUUCUCUACGGCGUCUUGGACAGAAGCUUUAAGGCAGCGAACGCCAAACACCGACACCACAGUCCUCCUUCCGGGAUUCUUAAGGCGGACGAUAAAGCUCGGCCCACUCCCGGGGCAUCUCGGGAAAUGUAGUUCUAUCGUUCCACCGGCUGUACAGUAUAGGUCGCGUAGAACUUCCCCGGAAGGCGGUGCGCUCUGUCACGUGGGCUGGCGGCGAGCCAAUGAGGUAUUCUCUUCCAGGCUUUUUUAAGUUCUCAGGAGGAAGGUGUGACUUGAGACAGAGGCUUUUGGCUGCGCAGGUGGUGGGUUACCUCGGCUGGUUGAGCUGGGCGAUGAGAACGUGAAACCGGCCUGCGUCUUCGCUUCCGGUCGGCGGACAAAAAGCUGAGAAGCGUCUCCUUUAAUUGCAGUGGGCGGGGCGCGGCAACGCCGACAGCGUUGCUAUUGGCGGCGAUUGCGGGCGCGGAAACUGAACUGGCACAACUGUCGCUGCUAGUAGUUUGAGCUCCUCCGGCGCCUCUGGCCCCACCAGCCCCGCGAUGGCUGCACCGAGCCAGGAUGACCCCUCACUGGAAAGGCAUUUUAAGGGCCACCGAGAUGCAGUUACCUGUGUGGACUUCAGUCUCAACAUGAAACAGCUAGCCAGUGGCUCCAUGGACUCAUGCCUCAUGAUCUGGCACAUGAAGCCCCAGUCACGUGCCUACCGCUUCACUGGCCACAAGGAUGUGGUCACCUGUGUGAACUUCUCCCCCUCUGGACACCUGCUUGCCUCAGGCUCCCGUGACAAGACUGUUCGAAUCUGGGUACCCAAUGUCAAAGGUGAGUCAACCGUGUUUCGUGCACACACAGCCACGGUGAGGAGCGUCCACUUCUGUAGUGAUGGCCAGUCCCUUGUGACAGCCUCUGAUGACAAGACAGUCAAGGUGUGGUCAACUCAUCGCCAGAAAUUCCUGUUCUCCCUGAGCCAGCACAUCAACUGGGUCCGCUGUGCUAAGUUCUCCCCUGAUGGGCGGCUCAUUGUGUCUGCCAGCGAUGACAAGACUGUCAAGCUGUGGGACAAGACUAGCCGGGAGUGUGUCCACUCAUACUGCGAGCAUGGCGGCUUUGUCACCUAUGUGGACUUCCACCCAAGUGGAACCUGUAUUGCCGCUGCUGGCAUGGACAACACAGUGAAGGUGUGGGACGUGCGGACUCAUCGGCUAUUGCAGCACUAUCAGUUGCACAGUGCAGCCGUGAAUGCCCUCUCCUUCCAUCCAUCGGGAAACUACCUCAUCACAGCUUCCAGUGACUCAACCCUGAAGAUCCUGGACCUGAUGGAGGGCCGGCUGCUCUACACGCUCCAUGGGCAUCAGGGACCUGCUACCACUGUUGCCUUUUCAAGAACAGGGGAAUAUUUUGCUUCUGGAGGCUCUGAUGAACAGGUGAUGGUUUGGAAGAGUAAUUUUGAUGUUGUUGAUUAUGGAGAAGUCAAAGUACAGAGGCCUCCAGCCACCCUGGCCAGCUCUGCUGGGACUCUGACAGUGUCCAUCCUGGAACAGCGGUUGACACUGACAGAAGACAAGCUGAAGAAGUGCCUGGAUAACCAACAGCUAAUCAUGCAGAGGACGACACCAUGAUCAGGAGAGCAAGACUCAGGAGCUCAGUUGAUUAGGGGGGCAGCAGGCCAGGGAUUUGUACUGGGGACUUGAGUAAAUCAAUAAAGGGAUUCAGCCCUUGGGAACAUCUGUACCCAGCCCAGGAUUGGGUGCCCCUGCCCUCUUCCAACAUACCUGCUUUUGUACCUGGAGCCUCUCUGCCUGACAGUAGGAGGCCCCCCGUGGGCAGAGCUGUACAAAGGAUGCCUGAGACCCAGCUAGUAGGACCACACUUCAUUUAACAAAAAGGAGCCACUUGAAACAUGUGCUGCCUUAGAGUCCUAAGAUGGCGGCUGUCCUUCAAGAGAGCCUUGUCAGGUCUUCACUCACCUAACCUCUCACCCCAUGACUGGCUUCAGAAUUGGCUGCUCUUGGCUUGGAUGAGCCAAGAGUUUUCUCUUCAUCUGACAAAUGCCCCCAGUGGGCCCAUUGGAAUCAGGUUUGUCCAGAAACAAGCUUUGUGAAUGGAUGGUAGUUUUGCAAUGGCUUUAAUUUCUGUGACAACAUAUAUUCACCAGGGCCUGGUGCCUUCUUCCUCUCUGCAUGCAUGAGUGAAGGAAUCUGAAAAUUAAAACUGAUUUGAUUGA